GAACAAGGCCAAAGCAAAUGAAAUAUUUUCAGAGAAAGAGAGGGAAUGAACAAGAACCACUACCAGAGACAAUUUAAAUUUAGGGGAAAAACGUUCAAAUAUCAAACCUAAACCCAGUUUUACGUCUCCCAAUCGAAGCACACCUAAGGACAUUCUGUCGAUCUCUCAAACCUCUGAACAUGUGACAAAAAAGCAACAGCAAAAAGUUCAAUAAUGAGACAAAAUGCAACAGGCAGCGCAAUAAUAAAAUUGCUUUUGGUUCUCAAAUCUGGCAACAAAGAUUAUGCAAUACUAUAUUCAAAGUUUCAGAGUGGGUUGUAUUUAAAUGCAAGGAAAUGAAUUUUCUGUGUAAAUUCAUUUAUCAUCCGCAGAGCCCAUUUCAGCUCAUGCUUAUCACACAACACCAUGACACCCAUAAUGAAGAUUUUGAAUAAGGAGGCAAUUUUAAGGCCCUUUUCCGCCUCUUUCACCACUGAUGCCAAGGUUGGAGGCACCAACUUCUUGGCUAAGAGCUGUCAUCGUAACAGGAAGUGGGAUGCUUUGGUGAUUGGAGGAGGUCAUAAUGGCCUGACUGCUGCUGCUUACCUAGCUAAAUCAGGCCUCCAGGUAGCUGUUCUGGAGAGGCGCCACUUGUUGGGUGGUGCAGCUGUAACAGAAGAGCUAAUCCCAGGGUUCAAAUUUUCCAGGGGGAGUUAUUUGCAGAGUCUUCUUCGCCCUUGCGUUAUACGCGAGCUUGAUUUGGAGAGACAUGGGUUGAAGCUUCUAGCAAGGAAUCCAUCAUCUUUCACUCCUGCAUUGGAUGGGAACUAUCUUCUCUUGGGCCCUGAUGCAGUGUUAAACCACACAGAAAUUUCCAAGUUCUCAAAACGGGAUGCAGAGGCCUAUUCAAGGUAUGAGCAGCAGCUGGAAAAAUUUUCCGACUUCAUGGAUUCUCUUCUUGAUAUAUCUCCACCAGAAGUCACAAAUCAAAUGUCAGCAAUGGGCAGGAAGAUGGAUAAACUACAGAGAUUAGCAUUUUGGGCUCGAUUAAUGCAGAAAUCUAUUUCAUUGGGUCAAAAAGAUAUGAUAGAGUUCAUUAAUUUACUUCUUGCUCCAGCAUCAAAGGUUCUCAACGAGUGGUUUGAGUCAGAAAUCUUGAAGGCAACCCUUGCAACUGAUGCUGUCAUUGGGGCAAUGGGAAGCGUACAUACACCAGGAAGUGGCUAUGUUCUGUUGCAUCAUGUGAUGGGUGAAACUAAUGGAGUUAGAGGAAUUUGGUCGUAUGUCGAAGGAGGAAUGGGCGCUGUAUCUAAUGCAAUAGCAAAAGCUGCAAGUGAAGCGGGAGCUAGUUUAGUGACUAAUGUGGAGGUUAGACAACUGAUGGUAGAUGAGCAAACAAAGGUUGUUAGUGGGGUUUUAUUAUCUGAUGGAACCCAAAUAAAUGCUCCUGUUGUCCUCUCAAAUGCAACGCCAUGGGUUACUUUUAUGAAAUUAACACCUGCCAAUGUUUUAUCUGAAGGCUUUCUAAAUGCUGUUAAGGGCUUGGACUACUCCUCGGGGACCACAAAAAUAAAUCUAGCAGUAGAUAGAUUACCACAAUUCCGCUCAUGUAAACCUUGCAGUACUGAAGGUGGACCUGAGCAUCGUGGUACUAUUCACCUUGGUGCUGACAGUAUGGAAGAAAUUGAUAUGGCGUAUCGUGAUGCAUUGAAUGGCCAUCCUUCACGACGACCUCUAAUUGAGAUGACAAUACCAUCAGUUUUAGACAAAACAAUCUCUCCGCCUGGGAAACAUGUUAUUAAUCUUUUCAUACAAUAUACACCUUAUAAGCUCCAAAGUGGUGAUUGGCAAGACCCAACUACAAGGGAUGCAUUUUCUAAACAAUGUUUCAACUUAAUUGAUGAAUAUGCUCCCGGUUUUAGUUCAUCUAUAAUUGGUUACGAUAUGUUGACACCUCCAGACUUGGAAAAGACGUUUGGACUUACAGGUGGUAAUAUCUUCCAUGGCGCAAUGGGUCUUGAUUCACUCUUCCUUCUACGACCAGUUAAAGGGUGUUCAGGAUAUAAGACACCCUUAAAAGGCCUCUACUUGUGUGGUGCUGGCUCGCAUCCCGGUGGUGGUGUGAUGGGAGCACCUGGACGAAAUGCUGCUAAAGUAGUUCUUCAAGAUAAAUCAACGUAGUCCAAAAAUCAAUUUGUUCCUGAACAGUGAAAAAGUAUUAACACAGUUUUAGUUAAAACAAUGAUAUUUUCAUCUUGAUACCAGUGAUGAAACGAGUGUACUGAACAUUCAACUUUUUUGUCCAUAAAAGAUGGAGCUCUAUAAAAGGUCAAGUAGAACAUAGUAAUGAUAAUUAAUUUUGCAAUAAUCAAUGAUUGGUUGCUAGAUUUAGGAUACAGUUUAAUUUAAUCCAUAAAGUUGUCCAGGUCAAGCUGGAUAUAUGUUAAAAGGGAUUGUAAUGUAAUGUUAAUGGAGGGUACUUGAAAGAACUGAGAUAGCUUUAAAUCUCCCACAUUGCAAUAGCAGGGGGUCCAUAACUCCAUCGAUAUUUGAUGAGGUUAUGGAAUAGUGUAGCCUAGUUUUUCUAGGUAUCAUAAUGAUGGGGUCUAAGCUUUAUUCUAGUUCGCAAUCUUUGGUGCAGAACAAUAAAUUGAGGUAAUAGAUGCAACAAGUUUAUUUUUGGGAAGCA